UAACACGCAACUGCUUCCCCAAGCAACCACUCGUUCCUAGUUCUGACGUGAAAGUAAACGUUUGUAAAUUACAUAAGUUUCAAACAGACACGUAUGCUUAAAUUGCAACAUAAAGCCUAUGUACUAAACUACGUGCUAGCAUGUAAACUGUUUUGUUGAUGUAGAUUGACAUUUCAAAAUUAAACGAAUUAAAAUGCUGCACACUUAGCUACUUUCGUCAUCAUGGUCCUAAAGCCUUCCCCCAUCCAGCAGCCACUCACUGUUUCACUCCGUAAAUGCAAUCGUGUACCAGACAUUUUCCCGACCCUUAUCGGCCAAGCAUUUAUGUCCUAAUUCAGGAACAAAGAUGGCCUCAUCAAAGCAGGGCAACCCAGCUCUAACAGAGCAAGGCACUCCUCCCUUGCGAAAUAAAGAAAGUGCAGUAGAAGUGGAAGUGGUGCUGGAUGAACAGCCCAUAACAAGACGUACUCGAGGCCGGCCUCCAAAAGCAAAACCUUUCAAAUGCCCUUCAUGUACAGAGGUUUUCAGGAGUGUGUUAACUCUACGGAGCCACAAAUUGACCGCCCACGCAAAAGAGCGUCCGCAGCAACACACAUGCUCUCAGUGUACCAAGACCUUCUCAAGCAAGGCUCAGCUCUCAAAGCAUGAACGCACUCACUCAGCCCAGCGGCCAUUUCAGUGUCCUGAUUGUCACAAGGCAUAUAAGACCCCAACGGAGCUACGCAACCACAGUCGCUCCCACACUGGAGAGAAACCGUUCAUUUGCAUAGAGUGCGGGAAGGCCUUCAUGCAGGCAAUCUGCCUGAGGAUCCAUAUGACGCAGCACAGCGGAGAGCGCCCUUACUCCUGCCGUCAGUGCUCUAAGAGCUACCCCACUCUGUCUAAACUAAAGGUGCACAUGCGCUCUCACACAGGAGAAAAGCCAUAUUUCUGCGCCGAAUGCGGCAAGAGUUUUGCAGACCCCUCUGUGUUCCGUAAACAUCGAAGGAACCACCAGGGCCAUCGACCGUACGCCUGUGAGGAGUGUGGGAAGACGUACACUGAGCUGAAGGACCUAAAAAACCAUGAGCGCUCCCACACUGGAGAAAAACCAUACCUGUGUUCAGACUGUGGCAAAGCCUUCUCUCGCUCCUCCUCCCUGGCUUGCCAUCAGCGUAUUCAUUCCCAGAAUAAACCCUAUCAGUGUGAGCAGUGUGGCAAAGGCUUCACCCAACUGUCCUCCUACCAAUCUCACCUCCGGACUCACUCUGGUGAGAAGCCUUUUCUCUGUCCACAGUGUGGCAAGAUGUUUUCAGACCCUUCCAGUUUCCGUCGCCACCAAAGAGCUCAUCUGGGCUUUAAGCCCUACCCUUGCGAUAAGUGCUCCAAGAGGUUUAGGCAGCCGGCGGAUCUGGCUGUGCAUGAGCGUGUUCAUUCAGGGGAGAGACCUUACAAGUGCCAGAGCUGUGACAAGGCCUUUGUGGCAUCGUGGGACCUGAAGCGCCACAUGCUUGUACACACAGGGCUACGGCCUUUUUCGUGCACCGAGUGUGACAAGUCUUUUGCAGAGCGCUCCAGUCUUAACAAACACCGGCGUGUGCACUCUGGAGAGAGGCCCUUCAAAUGUGAGGAGUGUCCAAAGUCCUUUGUUGUGUCCUCCAGCUUGCGCAAACAUAAAGGAACUCACCUCGCCGAGCAUUCUGAGCAGCAGCAGCAACAACCGCUACAACAGGAAACAGGGGAUGAGCCCGCUGCAGGCUUCCCUAGCCACACAACUCUCCCUCAGUUUUCCUGUACACACUGUGAUGCGACUUUUGGAACAUGGGAUGAAGUUCAGACCCACGAAAGCCGUCAUCAAAUCGACUCCUCACCCGUGACUGUGACAAAAAUGGUGUCGCUGGGCUCGCACGUCUGUGACACCUGCCAGGCAGAGUUUGCACAGCUGGCAGAUUUACAGGAGCACGAGAAGCAGCACCCCAAACCCAGGCCUCAUGUUUGCAACAGCUGUGGCAAAGGCUUCCUCAACAAAUCUGGACUUCGUAAACACCAGAAGAUCCACUCCACCAACAAACCCCACAGCUGCCCUCACUGUGGCAAAGCCUUUCUGUUUGCUGCCUACCUUCGCAAGCACUUACGGACUCAUGGAGAAAACGCUGCCACUCCCCAACAUCUCACCGACCUGAACAUUAUUCACACAGACCCACUUCCUUCUCCUCCUCCACCCAGCGAGGUCUCCCCUACCACUGUGGAAACCAGCACCAUAUCCCUGAUGGUGCCAGUAACUGUACCUGUGACUUUUCAGAGCCUGCCAGAGUAUUUGGUCAAAGAAGAGGGACUUUAAACUUCCUGAUCUUUCAUGUAAACUAUUCUCAUUGAUUUGUAUUGUUUGCCAUCGUAUGACAUUAUUUUAACAUCAGUUUUUUUUUUACAUUUAAAACAUUAAAAUAAUAUAAUCAAUGUAAAAGAAACACUUCUAUGUUGUAAAUUUGUCUUAAUUUUGCAAUUAUAUAUCAUUAACAACUUGUUACUUGUUUUUAUAGUAUUUUAAGUGUAGCUCAUCAUAGUAUUCUUUUCACCUUUUCAGUUUCCAAAGAUAAUUUCAUUAACUGCCAACUCUCACAAGAAAUUGCUCCAGGACAGUUUCCAAAACUCUGUAUUUAAAAAAAAUAAGAUUAUUAAAAAUGUUUUAUGUUUCCUGAGCAGUGAGCCCUGUUCUACCUUGACAUAUACUGUAUAUACCUUGUAUAAAAAAGUAUUCAUAUAUCCAUACAGUAUUCUUCCUUUUCGUAUGCAUGAGCAGCAUUUUAAAUAAUUGCCCAUGAAAUGUAUUUUCAGACUCUGGUCAAACGAUGGCACACAAACUGAUAAUUAUGGCAUUUUAUGCAAACCAAAAUAUAGUAAUGAACAAACCGUGAUAUAGUGUUACCUUGUUCUAAUGCCCUCUACUGUAAUUGUCAAGGUAUCAAUGAAUAAAGAGUAUUAUAUUUUUGUACACAAA